CUGUAAGAGGACGGACACGAGUGCUCUUCAUAGACAAAUAAUGAUUAUAGGUCGUGAAGGAUCCUACGGCAAGAAUGUGUUACAGAAUAUGGGAACAGUGUUGCAAUUAGAGGAUACUGUACUUGAUACACAGUAAAACGUUUGUUUCAUAAUUGUAUGAUAGGCUACGCGUUUUUAUUUUACGAACAGGAUACUUUAUUUUCUAGCUGCCUAUUUUAUAAUGCCGCGAAGGAGAUAGGUCGACAACAUACUGUCGAAUAUCUAUUGAGUUCGUUGGACUAAUAAGUGUUGACCAUGGUCGGAGUGGAGUGAGCCUUUUCGAGGAUAUUUGGCGCCGCCGGUCUCAUCAAAGUAUCGGUCUACUGUUCGGUGGUCCAGUCAUGACGCUCGGUAGUGUGUCUGCCACCCGGAGCUCGGCGGAGGGCUGCUUCUGCUCCUGCUGCGGAGCGAAGAUGAUGCCCUACUUCUCCGACAACGGAGUUGUGUCUCAGAACCAGAUCAACCAACUCAUCAGCGAGAGCUUCCUGACGGUGAAGGGCGCCGCCGUCUUCCUGCCUCGGGGAAAUGGCUCCUCCCCUUCCUCGGCGCCCAACAUCAGCCAGCGGCGGAAUAAACACACAGGUGACCUCCAGCAGCACCUGCAGACCAUGUUCACUGUGCUGCGGCCAGAAGACAACAUCCGCCUGGCUGUGCGCCUGGAGAGCGCAUACGCUCAGCCUCAGGGCACGCGCUACAUGGUGGUGGUGUCCACCAAUGGGAGACAGGACACAGAGGAGAGUGUGGUGCUGGGCAUGGACUUUGGCUCCUCAGACAGCUCAUGCACAGUGGGGCUGGUUCUACCCCUGUGGAGCGACACACUGAUCCACUUGGAUGGAGAUGGGGGCUUCAGUGUGUCCACGGUCAACAGGGUCCAUGUCUUCAAACCAGUCUCUGUCCAGGCCAUGUGGUCUGCCCUGCAGUCGCUCCACAAGGCGUGCGAAGUGGCCCGCUGUCACAACUACUACCCUGGCAGCCUGUUCCUGACCUGGGUCAGCUACUACCAGAGCCAGGUCUCCUCUGACCAGGUCUGCAUCAACGAGUGGAACGCCAUGCAGGACGUCCAGUCCCACCGCGCCAACUCGCCCGUCAUCUUCACCGACGUGCCCACAGAGAGGGAGCGCACGGAGAGGUUGAUCAAGACUCGCCUCAGAGAGAUCAUGAUGCAGAAAGACCUGGAGAAUGUCACCUCCAAAGAGAUUCGCACAGAGCUGGAGAUGCAGAUGGUGUGCAACCUUCGGGAGUUCAAGGAGUUUAUUGACAACGAGAUGAUAGUCAUCCUGGGCCAGAUGGACAGCCCCACGGAGAUCUUUGACCAUGUUUACCUGGGCUCUGAGUGGAACGCUUCUAACUUGGAGGAGCUGCAGAACAGCGGUGUGAGGUACAUCCUCAACGUGACGCGGGAGAUUGACAACUUCUUCCCAGGCGUGUUUGAGUACCACAACAUCCGCGUGUACGACGAGGAGGCCACCAACCUGCUGGAGUACUGGAACGACACCUACAAGUUCAUCACCAAGGCCAAGAAAGCAGGGGCUAAGUGCCUGGUCCACUGUAAGAUGGGUGUGAGUCGCUCUGCCUCCACGGUGAUAGCCUACGCCAUGAAGGAGUACGGCUGGGACCUGGAGAAGGCCUUCGAUUACGUCAAGGAGCGCCGCGCCGUCACCAAGCCCAACCCUUCCUUCAUGAAGCAGCUGGAGGAGUACCAGGGUAUCCUGCUGGCCAGUAAACAGAGGCACAACAAGUUGUGGCGCUCCCACUCGGACAGCGACCUCUCAGAGCGCCACGAAUCUCCGCUGUGUAAAACGGGCCCUCACAGCCACUCCCUGGGCCGCUCGGACCCCCACAACAACAAUGGCCCCACGCCCUACCUGCAACACUUCCUGCUCCAGGCGCUUGGAGCCGCCAAUGACCCUGACAACAAGACCGAGGGUGCCCACAUCUCAGACACACACUCGGAGCCCGUCCGACUCACCCGCUCACACUCCCACCCUCCUGGCCCCUCAGCCUCCGACGGUCUGUGUGACUCCCGGGAGAACCUAUAUUCUCGAGGGCCAAGACCCCACCAGGACCCCUUCCUCCCGCCGCUGCCUAGGCCGCGGGCGGCCACGGUGGUGCCCGAGGAGAGAAUGGACAACUCGGCGCUGGUGGCCGUGACGGUGCCAGUCACUGCCGUCCCUCAUCCUCCCCCCUCACUGCAUAUCCUCCCUCCUUCUCCCUUCCCCCAGCCACUGGCCAAAUCCCUCCAUCUAGGUUUGAGCACACAGCUGUCCAGUCCUGUACCUAAACAGAAAGCCCAGUGUGUAUCGCUGGCCCUCGAUCUGCCUGACCUCAGCAGCUCUGAAGUCGUAUCUCAAGCCACCCUGGAGUCCAGCGAUGACUCGGACACCCUGUCAGACCCGCUGAGCGAGAGGGGGGACAGUGUCAGUAUGGCGUCCCCAGGGAUCCCCGUGGCCGUGAGCCCUCUCACCCCAAUAACGCCUCUGUCUUUAGGACCCUACGCCAACGAUGACAACAACAACCCCAGCGGCGGCGGUGACACAGACACUAUCCUCGCUAACCCCGUCGAUGCCACAUGCGUUACCGCGUCCUCCAACCUCAGCACGGACAGCAUCGACUUCUUCAGCGCCCGCGAGAAAUUUCUGGGCCUGUCCCAAGACGGAAAGGCCCAGACUCUUUCCGAGCAGAUGGCUCAGCGGACGCCUCAGUCGCGGUGCCCCAGCCAGGAGCUGCAGCCGCUGUCCCCCGAGAACCCUGCUGGAGCACUGCCACCACUGCCAAGCCCCGAGGAAGAGGAGCAGGGAAAGAGUUCCCCCCAUACGGAGGACGGUAGCGACCGAUCCAGUCACGACAACGGCGUGUCAGUCCGCCAUAUCGUCACGGAGAUAGAGUCCAUAUGCCACCCCCCGGCAGCGGCGCCACUCUCCUUCACCCAGCCGGCCCCCCGCAGCCCUCAGCAGCUGCGCCCAGACGACCGGGACGAGGAGACCCCACUGACCUCGCCCUCCUCCUAUCCACAGUCCCCCUCCACGCCUCCCUCGGAUUGGCCGGCCGGCUCGGUGCGCAGGGCCACCAAACAGCUGGAGCAAAGGCUGAGGCAGGAGCUGGACUUACCGCUCAGCAACACGUCUACCCAGCGCUCCCCUCUCCAGUCCCCCAGUGCAGAGUUCCACCCCACGUGCUCCCCUCUCCAUACGACAAGCACUGACUGCCCACCCCUCCUCACUCCUACCACAGACUGCCCCGAGCAGCAUAGGCCUACCCCUGCUCCUGAGCAAGGAAGAACUCUGAACGAGACUUUCACUGUGUCUGCAGAGCCCAAAGGAGAGACAGAGUUAACCAGAGAGACAGAGCAGGGAGGGUUUGUCGUCUCAGACAUGGACAUUGCCCCAGUCCCUCCCUUCUCUCACUACCCAGACGCCCGCCACACCCCUGAGCCCAUCCCAAUCAUCGUGUGCCCUUCUGUGGAGCCAUCUAUGGCCCUGCCUCAGGCCUCCCACUCCCCCGUACUGCUGUGGCUGGAGGGGGUGACGGCCCAGGACUCAGACACGGAUGGCCCCUCCCCUCCCCCGCCCCACCACGGAAGGCUGGCCCUGGCACGCAGCAGUGAGGAGCUGGAGAAGAUCCAGGAGACCCUGAGGGAGCUGCAGGCCUUCCUGUACGAGGCGGGGGGCCUGGGACUGGGGACUGGAGUGAGACCUGGUCAGGGGCAGCAUCACAGGGAGACGCCCGUAUGGCAGAGGGCCAUGGAGAUCGAGUCGCGGAUCCGCCAGGCGGGCCUCACGCCCCCUUCCCUGAUGAAGCGCUCAGCCUCGCUGGCCAAGCUGGACUGCCUGGAGCUGUCAGCCAAUGACCUGAGUGACUGGGACCUACGGCCCACCUCCGCCAGCCCUCACGGACCCCCAUUGAUGCCCACCCCUCACUCCCGCUACCACCAUCAUCCCAGCUUAGACGAUGUCUCCAAGAAGCAGCGGGUGUUGUCCCGGAGCCCCCCCAUCACCCCCAGGGCCCCCUUAGGGGGGGUGUACCCACUGGACCCAGACAGGACUGAUAGGGGCUCCCAGAAUGCAGGGAGUGAUCCCCCCUCUCCCUCCUCACCUCCAUCUCUUGUUCUUCAAGGGGAGGAGGAGCUAGAGACAGACCUCUCCCCCCGGCUCACCCGCAACCAGUCCCCGAAGAGCGCUCCCGACGUCACUAUGACAACCACGCAGCAGCAGCCCUGCGGGAAGAGUCACCCGCUGCGGCGGCUCCGCAAGGCUGCAGACAAGAAACGGCCUUCCACUGUGCUCUACAACACCAUGUGACCUCACUGUACUCGGCCCUAGGCCGAGGGUGUCUAUGAGUGUGUAUGUGUGCGAGAAUGUGUGUGUGUGGUGGCCUAGGCCCUACAUGUGCACUAUGGUCCAGACUGUCUCCCUUGGGCCCUUGUCUGUAGUGUGUGUGUGUGCGCUGACUAGCUGUGUUGGACCCUAUGUAAUCUGUUAGUGUGGACUUGUGGUCCGUGUAUAUUCAGGUGAAUGCUAAGUAUGUGGAGGUUUGUCUGUUACUGUAGGUGCGUCCCCCCCUCCCCCCUCCCAUUUAUGGUUUCUAAAACAGUUGUAAUUUCUACAACUAAAAUGAGGGGGCUGUUUCUCAAAAAACAUGCACUUUACUCCUGUUUUAAUCUUUUUUUAAAGUUGUUUUUACCUGGGGAGUAUUUUUGCACUGAUUCUAUGGUAGCCUGUCUGUGUGUAUCUGUUGUAUGUGAAGAGAAGUGUAAGUCACGUCCUUUAUUCUUAUUUUAAACAAGACAAAGUUGAUAUUCUUUUUUUAUCCUGUUCUUAGCUGUGACUAUUAAAGAAACAAAAGUACAUACA